CAACAACAACAACAACAACAAAAAGUUUUGACUAUUUUCAUACGUUCGCUUUUGGGCUUAAGUGCGUGUGUGUGAGUUAGUGUGUGAGUGAGUGUGUGGUGGGGUGAAUGAAUACCAUAAAAGAGAGAACGGCAAGAAAGCAUAUAAAAUAAACAAUACCAUUUCGGGCUGGUCAGCUGAAAGGAAGUCGCACUGUUGGCGGCGGGGGUGGGUGUUGGGGUUGGGUGUGUACGCACAGACAAAUGCUCUAUAGGCGCACACCCACAGAGACAAUUAUGUGUGCGGCCAGUGCGGACGCGUUCUGACAACGUUUUUCCCGAAUACAUUUUCCAAGCGCUGAAGAAGAAAACUUCUCAUCAAAUACGCAUCAUGUGCUACGUAAUUAUCACAAGUGUGAGUCUAGUCUGGUUUCUGUGCACCCUGGUCGCCGAUAUGCUGGUCGCUGUCGCUCUGGUCACGCCCAAAUGGCUAAUUGGACCUGGCCAGCUUGGCAAUUGGAGCCAGGCCACGCCCAUUGCUGCUGCUGGCCAGCGUUCCGCCUCUGUGGGCAUCUAUACGCGCUGCAAGCAAAUGCACCAGCUGGGCUAUCAUUGUGGACGCUUCGACCUGGAUGGCUUCAACACCGAUGGCAGCGUCUAUCCCUUGGAAUGGAAGGCGGCCAUGUUCUGUAUGUCGCUGGGCCUGGUGCUGCUCUCGCUGACGGUGGCCGCCACGCUGCUCACCUGUUGCCGCCAGUCGGCCUUUGGCAAGAGCAUACACAAUAUGACCGCCUGUGCACAGGUGCUGGCAGGCAUUGCUGUUAUGCUGGCCUUGUUUCUGCAUCCGCUGGGUUGGCGUGCGCCGCGCGUUCAACGUCUGUGCGGCCCGGAGGCGGAACCCUUUUAUCCAGCGGACUGCAGUAUAGGCAUCUCGUUUUACUGCGGCCUGGUGGGCAUACUCUUAACGUUCGCCGCCGCCGGCAUCAGUCUCAAGGCAGAGUCCUCCAAUAUGCGUACACGUGUGCGCCGGCGCGUCGAAUCUGGCAGCAAGCUCGUCUGCAUUCCAUAGGAAUCUCUAUAGAUAACAAAAUGGGCGUAUUCAACUUAAUUUAAUUUCGAAUUUAACUUGUUAACAUUAGCAUAAAUAAACAACUAAAAUUUCUACAA